GGUUUCUGUCGGGCACAGCUCGCAGGAGGCGCCCCCUCCCCCGCCGGCCCCGCCUCUCCUUCCUCUGGGUUUGGCUGGGCGCUCGCCCCGGGCUGGAGGGCAGAGGAGCUGGAGCGCCCGGCACGACGCGAUGGCAGGGAAAGAUUUGGAGCGCUGCCAGCGGCAGGCUGAUGAGGUGACGGAAAUCAUGCUCAACAACUUUGACAAGGUCCUGGAACGAGAUGGGAAGCUUUCAGAACUGGAGCAGCGUUCAGACCAACUUCUGGACAUGAGCUCGGCCUUCAGCAAGACAACCAAGACCCUGGCCCAGAAGAAGAGUAGGGAGAACAUUCGAUGCCGGAUCUACCUGGGGCUGGUGGUGGGCGGAGGCCUGCUCAUCAUCUUGAUUGUGCUGCUGGUUGCCUUUCUUCCACAGAGCAGUGAGGGGAAUAGUGCCCCACGGGCCCAGGACACAGUUGCUGCCUCUGAGCAUGGAGGCUGAAACAGUGGGGCCUGGAGGAGAAGCCAGAAGGCCACAUUGGCUAGUUCUGGUCUCCAGAGAACCCUAGUAUUUGCUCCCACCUACCAUACUUCAGUAAGAGCUGAACGGCAGCCCUGAUAUGUGCACCAUAGCAUCUCUCAUCAUGCCAAAGACUGACCCCUCCCUGAGGGCUGCUUGCUGCACUGAUCAUGCUAGACCAGUCCUACCUGGAACUCUGUAAAAGGUGCUGUUUGGUUAAAAGCUCAUGUGGUGUGUGUGCGUGUCUGUGUGUGUGUUUAUGUGUGUCUGUGUACACGAGUGCUCUAUAAAUUGGCCCAUCCUUUCUCUGCCUCCACCCUGGUGAUGAUUACAAAGCCUACCUUCAGAAGGACUCCAUUCCUGGAAGUCAAUAUGACUUAGCUCAGAUAGAUUUAACCCUGCACAGAAAGUAUAGGUGUAAAGACACAUUAGCUUCUAAAAUAGACUCUCUAGCCAGUACCCUCAGAGCUUGUUUCCCUGAAAAUAGAAUCUAUGGGAGUCGGGCGGUAGCUCAGUGCAUGUGGUGCAAAGCACAAGGACUGGUGUAAGGAUCCCGGCUCGAGUCCCCGGCUCCCCACCUGCAGGGGAUUGCUUCACAGGCGGUGAAGCAGGUCUGCAGGUGUCUGUUUUUCUCUCCCCCUCUCUGUCUUCCCCUCCUCUCUCCAUAUCUCUCUGUCCUAUCCAACAAUGACAACAUCAAUAACAACAGUGACAAUAAAAACAACAAGGGCAACAAAAGGGAAAAUAAAUAUAGUAAAAACAUUUUUAAAAAUAAAAUCUAUUAUUUUUCUGAUGUCUUUGGGGAUGCUCUAAGGAUCAAGGACACCAGAUGGGAUGACAGAGAGAAAACUAUGUAAGGGGGUUAGGCAGUGGAACACCUGGCUAUCAUGUACAAGGACCCAGGUUUGAAUCUCUACAUCCCACUUGCAAGGGGAAAGCUCCACAAGUGUUGAAGCAAGUACUGCAGGUCUCUCUCUGUCUUCCCCUCCCACCUCAUUUUCUCUCGGUUCUGUCAAAUAAAAAAAAGAAAGAAAUGGC